UCUCUCUCUCUCUCUCUCUCUCUUUCUCUCCCAGCCCCUUUCCUGCUUGCAUUUUUAUUCUUUCUCAAAAAUAAUUAAACUUUAGAUAUAUAUAGAACGUUAAUGGCAGAAACAGGUGGAGCACUGCCUCAACACGGAUGUGACAAGAUCAAAGCGGCAGGAGAAUGGACAGUGAGGUGCAGAGAGACGGAAGGAUCUUGGAUUUGACUGACGAAUCUUGGUGAGGGGACACCGUGUAGGAAGAUGUUGCAAUACUGCUGAAUGGGCUUCCUGAUCUGGAAGAGGACGAGGGUGGCACCACGGAAUCUGUUAAAAGAACCAGAAGUGACAUGGACUCACUGGCCUUAGAGUACCUCCGAGAGAAUGUUCCCCCUACAGGAAGAGCUGGCUCUUUUUUCGUGGACGGAUUUUUAAAAAUUACAAGGAUACGAAGUGUUUUCUUUCAGUCUCCUAAUGCAGAUCAUUAAGUGACGAAUCUAUACUCAGAAAAGGACACUCACUUAGUUUGUGGCAGCAAAGUGCAAGUGUGACAAUACUCACUGGAAUGAGAAACUGAUGGAGAUUUCUCAAGAAUGCAAAAUACUUAGCCCUUUGAGCUGGAGUUCUUUAUUCACUAGCUUGUGUUUGAAGGUGACUGAUUAUAAACGUUGACCUUUAACUCUGAUACUGCUUUACUGUCAGAGUUUAACAUUUCCCAACUUCUUAUAUGUGUCCUGUGACACAGGCGAUUGAAGAGACAGAGGGAAGGACAAAGAAAGAGGAAGGCGGACAUGAGGGGAUUGUUAACUUCCCACGUGCCCCCCCUCUGAGAAGCAUUCUGAGUGGCUGUGUUUAGGGCCCGCAGGUACAAUGGGUGUUGAGAUAAUCAUUUCACUGAUUCCUGGGAUUCCUAAUUGUCACACAUACAGGAAAGAACAGAUGAAAUGUUUCUGCCUUUUUUCCUUCCUGUCAUUGCCAUCAACCAACAAACAUGCAUUAUGGAUUACUCAUGGGGUUCAUUGAACAGUGGGACAAAGGAAUUCUGAUGAAAGAAAAUCAUGGUGUCUGUUCCAAAGAGUUUCCUGCGGAAGCGCUGAGGUACUGUGUUCAAGCUACCAUUUGAUGUUCCUUGUCAUUUGGGUGUCCAGGCGAUGGUGGUCCUCCACCUGAUUUGCCGACUGGCUUCUCCAAUAAACAAAUUGCGUCAGACACACUUCAAAACUGGGACUGCCCUGAAAUACAGCAGCCAUUCUGGCUGUCAUAGAAUCAGCUCACUCUGUAUUACUUCUCAUGCUAGGGGCCCAAAGGACUGUUGUGUCUUUUGUGCCAGUAAGUAUCAACAUUUAUUUCUGUCACCUGUGCUGUUUUAUUUGGGAAUGUUCUCUCAGGAACUCACCGAAUUCUUUAUCUGAAAUGGCAAUCUUUGAUCAAAAUUGCCUUCACAAUUAUCAUCGCCUAAGCUAUUUAGAAGAAGUCGGUUAGGAAUGCACACGGAGAUACUU